UUUCGAGUAGGUUUUUGGGCAGUUGACAACACUAUCAAAUUCUCAAAUAAUUGGUUCUUUCAACAACCAAUUUCCCUCCAGUUUAUCCCAAUCCUUAAAACCCCAUCACCCUUCUGCUCUCCCUUCUCAAAUUUUCUCUCUAAAAAUACGAACUUUGGUGCGUUUUCUGGGUUUCCUUUAAACCUAAGCAACUCCAUUAACCAUGUCUUUCAAAAGGUCAAACUCUCUUUCUGGAUUGACUAUCGCGGAUGAUAGCAAAAGUACAUUCCUGGAAUUAAAGAGGAAGAAGGAUCAUCGCUACGUGGUAUUCAAGAUCGAUGAGAAGAAGAAAGAGGUCGUAGUUGAUAAAACCGGCACUCCAUCCGAGAGCUAUGACGACUUUUUGGCUGCCUUACCGGAAAAUGACUGUCGAUACGCAGUCUAUGAUUAUGAUUUUGUGACAUCUGACAAUUGCCAAAAGAGCAAGAUUUUCUUCUUUGCAUGGGCACCUUCAACCUCACGUAUACGUGCCAAGAUGCUGUACGCCACAUCAAAGGAGAACUUCAAGCACGAGCUUGAUGGUGUACAUUAUGAAAUUCAGGCUACCGAUCCCUCAGAAAUGGAUCUCGAGGUGAUCAAGGAUCGUGCACAUUAAUCAUUUUAGAAUUUUUAUACAGAGAUGAUUCUUUCUAACGAAGGGAAAAAAAACUCGAAAAAUAGAAGGUCUGACAUUUGAUGCUCAUAGGCUGUUGCUGUUUGUGACAUAUUAUAUACUGUUAUUUGCCUUUGUUGCUUGUCAGACUAGGAAAAAGCUUAACUGACUUGUAAGCUUGUUUACCAACUUAUGAUGAAUUGAUGAUAUUAUUCUUGGAAGUUAUAAAAAAACAUGUUAUAUUCAUGCAUA